UCACUGCAUGCACACGGACUCUGGAGUGAAAGAGGAAAAACCUGCCUCAGGGCUCCAGCGGAUUUGGAUUACAGCACUGGAGGAGCUGCUUGCUGCUGUGAAGUCAUUCUGGAGGAACCGGAGAAUUUCUGGAGCGUGUAGCAUGAUGUGGAGUUAUUGAUUCGUGUUGGAGGAAAGGAGUGUGUAUAAUUAAAACAAAACACACCCCUAAAUGAAGAUCAGGCUGCUGUUUUCAGUGUGUUGAGCUGUGUGAGGUAAAUUUCACAGGUCUUAUCAGAGGAUUUUCUCCUCUGGCAGUGAGGAGUGCCCUUCUUUAUCCUUCUGGAAAUUCCACAGGUUGCUCUUACAUUUCAGUUACUGCUUGAGCUUUUGGUCCUGGAGGCGUGACUUUUUGAAGAUGACCACCAUGCAAAAGUUGCUGCAGCUGCCAGUCAAUGCGGUGAACAUUGUGAAGACGGUACAGAGUCAGGUCCAGGGACAGGAGGAGGACAAGAGUCCCGUGCUAACUCCUGAUGGUGGCCACCAGGCAUGGUACAGUGCCCUGCAGCCAGAUGAGCUGCGCUACCUUCGAUCUGGAGGUACAGGAGGAGAUGGUGGAGGUAGUGGAAGAGACCAAGAAGAACGAGCACCAUUGGAGGAAGGUGGUAGUGCUGGUUCCCAAACUCAACCUUUGAGACAUGAUGACUUGAAAGAGAUGCUGGACAGCAACAAAGACUCCCUGAAGCUGGAGGCAAUGAAGCGGAUUGUGGCUAUGAUCGCCCGAGGUAAAAACGCAUCUGAUCUCUUCCCUGCUGUGGUGAAAAAUGUGGCCUGUAAAAACAUUGAGGUAAAGAAGUUGGUUUAUGUUUACUUGGUGCGUUAUGCUGAGGAGCAGCAGGACCUUGCCCUGCUGUCCAUUUCUACUUUUCAACGAGGCCUAAAGGACCCUAACCAGCUGAUCCGAGCCAGCGCUCUUCGAGUUCUCUCUAGCAUACGCGUCACAAUCAUCGUCCCCAUAAUGAUGUUGGCGAUCAAAGAAGCUGCUUCAGACAUGUCGCCGUACGUCAGGAAAACAGCUGCUCACGCAAUCCCAAAACUCUACAGUUUGGAUCCUGAACAAAAAGACCACCUUAUUGAAGUCAUAGAGAAACUCCUUUCUGACAAAACCACAUUGGUUGCAGGAAGCGUAGUCAUGGCUUUUGAAGAGGUGUGCCCAGAGCGCAUUGACCUGAUCCACAAAAACUACAGGAAGCUGUGCAACCUUCUCAUUGAUGUGGAGGAGUGGGGUCAGGUCGUCAUCAUCAACAUGCUGACGCGCUACGCCAGGACCCAAUUCCUCAACCCAAACAUUAAUGAGUCCCUGCUAGAGGAGGGAAGCAGCGGAGAGAAGACCUUUUAUGGCUCAGAUGAAGACGAGGACGAGGAUGAAGAGGAAAAGGAGAAGAAAGCCGAGGCAGCUGCCAUGGCCAAGAGGAAGCCAUACGUGAUGGAUCCAGAUCAUCGGCUGCUGCUGAGGAACACCAAGCCACUCCUGCAGAGCCGCAAUGCAGCUGUGGUGAUGGCUGUGGCUCAGCUGUACUUCCAUCUUGCCCCAAAAGCAGAGGUUGGAGUGAUCGCCAAGGCCUUGGUUCGUCUCCUGAGGAGCCACAGUGAAGUCCAGUAUGUUGUUCUUCAGAACGUGGCAACGAUGACGAUAAAGAGACGGGGAAUGUUUGAGCCCUACUUGAAGAGUUUCUACAUCCGCUCCACAGAUCCCACCCAGAUCAAAGUCCUUAAGCUGGAGGUCCUCACCAAUCUGGCCAAUGAGACAAACAUCUCCACGAUUCUUAGAGAAUUUCAAACAUACAUUAAAAGCAUGGAUAAAGACUUUGUUGCAGCCACGAUCCAAGCCAUCGGCCGCUGUGCUACCAACAUUGGAGAGGUGAGGGACACAUGUCUGAACGGCCUUGUGCAGCUGCUGUCCAAUCGAGAUGAGCUGGUGGUAGCAGAGUCGGUCGUUGUUAUAAAGAAGCUGCUGCAGAUGCAGCCUGAGAAGCACAGUGACAUCAUCAAGCACAUGGCCAAACUAACGGACAAUAUCCAGGUGCCGAUGGCUCGGGCCAGUAUCCUGUGGCUGAUUGGUGAAUACUGUGAACAUGUUCCCAAAAUUGCACCAGAUGUCCUGAGGAAAAUGGCUAAAUCUUUUACAAAUGAAGAAGACAUCGUCAAGCUCCAAAUCAUUAACCUAGCUGCCAAGCUCUACCUCACCAACUCCAAACAGACAAAACUUUUAACACAGUAUGUUCUCAACUUGGCCAAAUAUGACCAGAAUUAUGACAUCCGUGACCGGGCACGCUUCAUUCGCCAGCUCAUCGUGCCCACUGAAAAGAGCGGCGCCCUCAGCAAGUACGCUAAGAAACUGUUCCUCGCUCUCAAACCUGCACCAGUCCUCGAGUCUCCAUUUAAAGAUCGAGACCACUUUCAGUUGGGUUCAUUGUCCCACCUGCUGAAUGCAAAGGCCGGGGGCUACCAGGAAUUGCCUGACUGGCCUGAAGCCGCCCCAGACCCCUCCGUGCGCAACGUGGAGGUGAAGGAGUCUACAGAGGAAGUCGUCACCACUAGUGAGGGGCGGAUCGGCUUACUGGGAGACAGGCGAGAGGUGCCUGAGUGGACCAAGUGCAGCAGCCGUGAGAAGAGGAAGGAAAAGAAAGUGGAGAAGCCGUUUUACUCUGACUCAGAGGGCGAGUCCGGGCCAACGGAGUCGGCUGACAGCGAAAUAGACUCUGCCAGUGGCACUGAAAGCGGCAGCGGCACUGAGGAGAGUGGAUCAGGAUCGGAGAGUGAAGACAGCGAGGAAAGCUCGGGUUCCGAGGAAGAUGAGGAGGAGAAGGACAAAGAAAAGAAGAGGAAAAAGAAAGAAUCAAAGCAACCAGUGCAAGAAAGUCCAAGUGAGCAGAGCAGUGAAGAGGAAGAGACAAAGCAUGAGCGAAAGAGUCAACAAUGUAAGAGUGACUCAGAGUCCGAAUCAGAAGAGGAGGACAGCGAGUCUGAGAGCAGCCAAUCAGAGGGAGAGUCUGAAGACUCUGAGUCUGAGGCAGAGGUCAAAAAGAAAAAAAAGGCACCCGAAUCUAAACCUUCUUCUAAGCCUGUAAAAAACGAGAGCAAGAACGAGAAGAAAGAAAUGUCUCUGCUCGAUCUUGAUGAUUUUGAACCUGCUGCCUCUCCUCAAGUCACGCCUGUCAACACAUUCCUGUCCAACAGCCUUGUGACGGAUUUGGAGGGUUUGUCUUUGUCGGACUCUGUUCUCUCUCCAGCAGCUAUUUCCCCAUCCAGUGCGCUGAAGAACUAUGAGCUACUGCAUCGUAUCACGGGGGAGGGUCUGACAGUGGAGUACUGCUUCAGCCGACAGCCGUUCAGCCCAGACACUCACAUGGUGGCGGUGCAGAUCCAGUUUACCAACAAUGCCACCUCAGAAACCAAGAACCUACACAUGGAGGACAUUAAGCUUCAGUCUGGGAUGAGAGUCAAAGAAUUUUCAGAGAUCGAGGUGCUGCCAGCAGGAGAGACGGCUACAGCUGUGAUGGGCAUCGAUUUCUGUGACUCCACACAGGCAGCUAACUUCCAGCUGUGCACUCACACCAGGAAAUUCUUUGUGUCGAUUCAACCACCAGUCGGGGAACUGAUGCGUCCCAUCUUCAUGACGGAGAACGAGUUUAAAAAGGAGCAAGGCCAGCUGAUGGGUAUGAAUGAGAUCACAGAGAAGCUGACCCUGGACACAAAGUGCCGGAAUGAACACGCCCUGGUCCAAAGAGUGACCACUGCUGCCAACCUCGGCAGAGUGCCCUGUGGUUCAGAUAAGGAGUGCAGUCCUCCUCUCCUUCCUCCUGAUCAUCCUGUCUACAGGUUUGCUGGGAGGACGGUGACCAGCGGCAGCUUGGUUUUGGUCACCGUGGCGACAAAAGAGGAAGGGGACGCACAGCUAACAGUUAAUUGUGAGAAGAUGGUGAUCGGCACCAUGCUGGUGAAAGACAUCCUCCUGGCUUUGAUGCAGUGAUGUGUUCGCAGGAAGGAGCAUGACCUUUGCCCUCUGACCCAGAUUUCCACCUGCAGCAUUUCCAGCAUUGUUCUGUAAGACGUGUCACUGAGGAAAUUUCCACAAAGUGUCAGUAUCAUAGCCGUGAAUUUAAGACGAUCAGAUGAGACUGAAUCUGAUAAAACAAAAUAAAAAGUCUGUCCCACCUUAAAAAAUAUUUUUUUACGAAUAUGUUGUAAGUAAAAAAAAAUACACCCUUUUUUCCAAGAGAUGCUCAGAUUAAUUCCACUAAAGAGCUCAGAGAUGGUGCUUGAAA